AUGGCGAUUCGACCACUGCCCAGCAGUCUCACUGGAGACGACGUCGUCUGCUACUCCCCGAAGUUGCUCGCCAUCGAAGGUGUCUGGCAAAAUGUCGACCCCCUCGACUACGACCUGCCGCUUUUCAUGAUCCAAAUCAUUAUCAUCGUCGUCGCCAGCCGCGCUCUUGACUUCCUCCUCCGGCCCCUCCGCCAGCCACGCGCCUUCGCUGAGAUCAUCGCCGGCAUUAUUUUGGGACCGACGUUGCUCGGCCAGGAGCAUGGCUUCGGCCGCACCAUCUUUCCGCCGCAGAGCAUCUUGACGCUCGAGACGGCGGCUCAUAUUGGCCUCACGUACUUCAUCUUCCUCGUCGGCGUCGAGAUGGACGUCGCGUUGCUACGGCGCGCGGGGCAGAAGUCCAUGGCGAUCGGAGUGGUCGGCGUGGUUCUUCCCUUCGGCGUCGGCUCCGCCACCGCCUUCGCGCUGCGGAGCCUCGUCUCCGAGGCCAUGGACAGCGUGCCGUUCUUCCUCUUCUUUGGCGUCGCCAACUCUGUCACCGCCUUCCCCGUCCUCGCUCACAUCCUCGCCAAGACCAAGCUCCUCAACUCCGAGAUCGGUCGCAUCUGCGUCUCCGCCUCCUUCGUCAGCAACGGCAUCAUGUGGUUCAUAUUCAUCAUCACGCUUAGCGUCGCGGAGCCGGAAGCCGAUCCGCUGUCGUCUCUCUGGAUCACUCUCUCCUACGUUGCCUUCCUCAUUUUCUGCUUCGUCUGCCUCCGGCCAAUCGUGCUCUGGCAGCUGCAGAGGAUCCCCGAAGGCCAACCGGCGAGCGACUUCGACGUCUGCCUCCUCCUCAGCAUUAUGAUGCUCGCCGGAGUAUUGACGGAGGCCAUCGGGUUUUACUCUGUUUCCGGCGCCGUCUUCUUCGGCCUCAUGGUUCCCGACGGCCCCAUUCGAGUGGCCCUGAGAGACAAGAUGCAAGACAUUGUCGCCGGCAUUAUGCUGCCGCUCUACUGCGUCACCAGCGGGCUCAAGACCGAUUUGAGAACGAUCAAUGAAGACUGGAAAUUGGCCGGCGUUCUCGUUCUAAUCUCUGUUCUCGCCGCCUUCGCUAAAGUCGUCUCCACCUUCAUCAUCGCCGUCAUGUACACCAUGCCGCUGAGCGACGCCCUCACGCUCGGCUUCCUAAUGAACACCAGAGGCAUCAUCGCGUUGCUCAUCCUGAACAUCGGACGCCGCAAGGGAGUGAUCAGCGAGGAAUCGUUCGCGCUGAUGAUAAUGAUUUCUCUGUUCAUGACGGCGGUGGCCACACCGGUGAUAACGUACUUGCAACGGCCGUUUAGGCGCAUCGUCGGGUACAAGCGGCGCAAUUUGCAACGAUCAAAGCCGGACACGGAGCUCCGUGUGCUGGUGUGCGUCCACAACACCCGCAACGUGCCGGCCAUCAUCACGCUGCUCGAAAUCUCUUGCCCCACCAAGCGAUCGCCCAUUUUCAUCUACGCCGCCCACCUCGUUGAGCUCGCCGGCCGCACCCCCACCUUGCUGAUCGGCCACAGCUCAGAAGGCGAUAGGAGAAGGCCGAUGGGGAUCUCCGAUCCGCAGGGGCAGGCCGACCACGUCUUCCACGCCUUCGACAACUACGAGAAGCAGGCCGGCGGUGUGUCGGUGCAGACGCUGAGCAUCAUCUCACCGUACUCGAGCAUGCACGAGGACAUCUGCAACCUGGCGGAGGACAAGCACGUGACCGUCAUCAUCCUUCCCUUCCACAAGCAGCAGACCGUCGACGGCGGGCUGGAGCCCAUCAACGCCUCCCUCAAGAUGAUGAACGAGAACAUCCUCGCCGCCUCGCCCUGCUCCGUUUGCAUCCUAAUCGACCGCGGGCUGAGCAGCAGGAGCCGCCUGUCCCGCGACGAACGCUUCUCCCACCACAUUGCACUGCUCUUCUUCGGCGGUGCAGACGACAGGGAGGCGCUCUCCUACUGCCGGCGUGUGAUCGAGAACCCCACCGUCGGCCUCACUGUCGUGAGGUUCGUGCCGGCAGACAAACCGGCAGGGUCGCCGGCUCAUUCGCCAGCAACGAUCUCAAUCGUGACGGGCGACGGGGAGGAGGGGAAACUGGACGAGGAGUACUUGAACGAGUUCCGGGUGCGGUACGCCGGCAACGAGUCGGUGGUGUACGCUGAGCACGUGACGAGCAACGCAGUGGAGACGGUCUCGGUAAUCAGGGAGAUGGGGGACACGCACGACCUGUACGUGGUUGGGCGGAGCCAGUCGGAGGAGGCGGCGGCGCUCACGUCGGGGCUGACGGAGUGGGCAGAGUGCCCGGAGCUAGGGCCUAUCGGGGAUUUGUUGGCGUCGUCAGACUUCGCCAUGUCAGUGUCCGUGCUGGUGGUGAAUCAAUACGUGGCAAGGCCGCCGCCUGCCGGAGGGCAUGCGGCGGGAGAUGACGGGGGGCAUCGGACGCCGUUGCAACGGUUGAUGAGCCAUGUCAAUCCGAGGUCAUUGGCGACGGCCGCCGAUGCAGGGAUGCCGCAGGCUGCCGCCAGAAUUUAA